ACUGGCUCUGGCUAAGGAAAGAGCAGUGGCGAUGUGGUGCGGAUACCGGAACCUCGGGGUGCUCCUCGGGCGGUUGCGUUGUAGUCUCCCGGUCCCCAGCAGCGGCUACCGGAGCUUGACCUCCUGCAUCGAUCCUUCCAUGGGACUAAAUGAGGAACAGAAAGAAUUUCAGAAAGUGGCCUUUGACUUUGCUGCCCGGGAGAUGGCUCCAAAUAUGGCAGAGUGGGACCAGAAGGAGGUGUUCCCUGUGGGUGUGAUGCGGAAGGCAGCCCAGCUAGGCUUUGGGGGGGUCUAUGUCCGCACAGACGUCGGUGGGUCUGGACUGUCAAGGCUUGAUACCUCUGUCAUCUUUGAAGCCUUGGCUACAGGCUGCACCAGCACCACAGCCUACAUAAGCAUCCACAACAUGUGUGCCUGGAUGAUUGAUAGCUUUGGAAGUGAUGAACAGAGGCACAGAUUUUGCCCACCGCUCUGUACCAUGGAGAAAUUUGCUUCCUACUGCCUCACUGAACCAGGAAGUGGAAGUGAUGCUGCAUCCCUCUUGACUUCAGCUAAACGACAAGGAGAUCAUUACAUCCUCAAUGGCUCCAAGGCCUUCAUCAGUGGAGGUGGUGAAUCUGACAUCUACAUAGUCAUGUGCCGAACUGGAGGAUCAGGCCCAAAGGGCAUCUCAUGCAUGGUUGUUGAGAAAGGGACCCCUGGCCUCAGCUUUGGCAAGAAGGAGAAAAAGGUGGGAUGGAACUCCCAGCCAACUCGUGCCGUGAUUUUCGAAGACUGUGCUGUCCCUGUGGCCAACAGAAUUGGGAAUGAGGGGCAGGGCUUCCUUAUGGCCAUGAAAGGACUGAACGGAGGACGGAUCAACAUUGCUUCCUGCUCUCUGGGGGCUGCUCAUGCUUCAGUCAUCCUCACUCGAGAUCACCUGAAAGUCCGGAAGCAGUUUGGAGCACCUCUGGCCAAUAGCCAGUUUCUGCAAUUCCAGUUAGCAAAUAUGGCAACAAGGCUGGUUGCCUCGCGGCUGCUUGUCCGUACUGCCGCAGUUGCUCUGGAGGAGGAGCGGGAAGAUGCAGUGGCUCUCUGCUCCAUGGCCAAGUUCUUUGCAACAGAUGAAUGCUUUGCAAUCUGCAACCAAGCUUUACAGAUGCAUGGAGGCUACGGCUACUUGAAGGAUUAUGCUGUUCAGCAGUAUAUGCGGGACUCCAGGGUUCACCAAAUCCUAGAAGGUAGCAAUGAAGUGAUGAGGAUGCUGAUCUCUCGAAACCUCCUUCAGGAAUAGCACCCACACUUGAUAUUCUGGCAUGGGGGGUGUUAUUCAGAGAUUUCAGGAAAACCUAUAUAUCAGGUGGUAUAUAAGAUGAAGGAUGUAUGCAGAUAAUCAGUACAACUUAGUUUGGACAGACCUAUGGACUGGGAAGGCUGGUAAGUAAGAAACAGUUUCAGUAUGUAGUGGCAAGAAUAAAGACAUGCAUAGAAUGUUCUGGACAGGAAAUAUCUUAUAUCUUAUGAUGAUGGCCUAGGGCUGAAUUGGGUUUCCAAGGAUGCCUUGAUGACUUUUCACCCAUUAUAAUUAUCAUAGUAUAAUGAUUUAUCUCCCAUUAUAAUAUUACACUUGUGGGGGAAAUGUAAAUGCCUCAAUUUAUACACACACACAACACACACAUACACACGUACAUUUUUUUUUUACCUAAGAGAAAAAUAUUUAGCUCUCCUGUAAAAUUUUUCUUUUUAUCCUUUUAGAUUUGAUAAAUUAGAAAUAUGCAUUUACUGGUUAUUCUUUUACAUUUAAAAUACAAAGAUUGCUCCAAAGUGCUUUGCUGUGAAUUAUCUCUUUAUCGUGAUUUUCACAAGGAUAACCUGCACAGAGUAGGCACUCAGGAGAUACUUGUGUUAAAUUGCUUGAAUUGAGUAAGCUCUGUUGUAAACAGCAACUUCCAGUGUUGCUGGUGUGUGCCGAAAUGAUUCUGGAUUCAGACUGCAUUUGCCAUUAACUGUGACUUAAUAGCCCUCUCUUUAGUUUAUUUCCUCCUAUGUAAAUUGAAGGUAAUAAAAAAGUUUCUACUUCC